AUGUCGUCGAGUAACGAAUUAAGUGAUGAGACAGAUUCCACUCCCAAACUUAGGAUGAAGCCGGCUGUCAGCAGGAUAUUCUGCUGCAGCGUGACUGCUGCAUCAGGGUUUAUUGCUGCUUAUGCACUUGUGUCAUACGCAAUAGCAUUGAUUUAUGAAAUAGUGUGGGUGGUGGAGUCAGAGAGUGGCCUGCCAAUAGCUUCCGCGCUGCUCAUGAUCUGCUACUGCGUGGUCAUAGCAGCCACAGUCGUCCUAGUACAUGGUCUUAUAUCUAAAAACAACACAUAUCUUCUAGCGUGGUUGAUAUCAGUGAUCUUAGUUUUAAUACCGGAGUGUGCUCUAGUCUUCUAUAUGUCCAUAAGUCAUUGGGGUCUUCAAGGAGUGUACGGUGGUGCUGAGUUAGCGUGCUAUGUCGCUCGUCUGCCGGCCAUCGUUUGCGGAGUUGUUCUCGUACAGUCUGCGUACGCGCUCAGAGAAGCUAGAAAAGCUGAGUACGGCGCGGGCGCAGGUGUCAGCGGGAGCGAAUUCGAUGCCAGCCAUUACGUACCAGAUGCAACGCCGGCCUUCACUAACGAAGGCAUUUUAGCUGAUAAUGGUAAAUCCGGCUCAAUGCCAGACCUCCGUCGACACCUGGCCUCCCACCAGUCCAUAAACAUGGGAUACCCAAUAAUGCUGCCACAGCCUCCGCCCGCAUACUGGCAACACCUCGCUGAUCGGCAGUAUGCUGCGUCCCUCCGUGACUACCCGAAGCACUACCCGCAAUUCGGCACAUGGGUCGGUCCCAGAACUGACAACCCAUACAAAAGAAGACAUUCCGUAGUAGGAGCAUUCGACGAGUACCCGACGAAAUACGACGACGACCGAAUGGAUUGCAAGAGCGAGAUGGCCUAUCCGUAUCGACCCUACUACGAUCCGAGGAUAUACCCCCCAGAAUACGACCCGAGAUACUUCCAAGAUUUUAAGCGGGAAGAUGCCGCUUAUGGAGUCAAUCUUCUUAGACAUGAUCCCUACCACUUUAAUAGGGAUAGAGACAGGUUUUACGCUAUGCGCAAUAGUCAUACUUCUGUUGGUAAUGAAUCGGAUGAUUUGACUAAGUAUAAAGAUGUUGCUUUGUAA